AGCGAAUAUCAUUUUUUGUAAUUCUUCACAAAGUACACAGUUUUGAAAGAUUACACCAGUGAUGCUUUGUUAAAUUUAACUGAACCAGUGUACAACAACUUAUUUUUACAGGUUUAAUAUUGGAUUUAAAAUGAGUAGUAAAAUUUCGGAAAAACACAUAUUUUUUUUUACGCUUAAUUACAACAGUUUUCUUCCACUCCCAACUUUAUCACCUUAAUUAUUUACAUUGCUCGAUUGGUACCCUCGUUUGACACUGAUUUGGUUCCUUUGGUUUCAUCUUUGCGCGACUCUAUAUUAUAAACAUAGACUCUGACCUUUAUAAUCAGACAUCAGACUAGAAUAAUUACAAAAUAGGAUGGAGAAUAAACAAAUUAAAACAAAGUUGCAGAAUCGUCCUGGUGGUGUUAACAAGGAUGCCUCGACCGUGCUGUUAGAUGGUUUUAUCAGAAAAAAAAGUUGCAAACACCAGGAAGUAAACGUACGCAAGAAAGUAUUUCUCUAUGGAAAUUAUGACCGGUAUUACGGAUAUCGAAACAUCCUGAAAACACCAGAAGAAGACGUUCGGUUAAUAGCAUUCGUUGCUCAUAAACAGCUAAUUACUGGCAAACAUAUACUGGAUAUUGGUUGCAACAAUGGGUCUCUUACUAUUUUAAUUGCACAAAAUUGCAAACCAGCCAGUGUGGUGGGAAUAGAUAUUGAUGGGGCUCUAAUAGGAAAUGCACGUCGUCAAUUGGCGGAAAAUCUAAAAUCAUGUAUGGUGAAAGGAAUCGACCCUACACCAUUGACAUCAGUUGAAUUUCGGAAAGCCAACUACGUCUAUCAAAAUCAAGAAUUGCUAAAUAGUGAGAAGCCUCAGUUUGAUGUUAUAUUAUGCUUGUCGGUUACUAAAUGGAUACACCUAAAUUUUGGAGAUAGCGGUCUAAAGUUGGCCUUCAAGCGUGUAUAUAGGCAGCUUCGAGAGGGUGGCAUUUUUAUUUUAGAAGCACAGCCCUGGAGCAGCUACAAACAAAAGAAAAAAUUGACCACCACUAUUUUCAGUAACUUUCAAAACAUUUUGCUUCGACCUGAAAGUUUUAACUCUUAUCUAACGAGUAGUGAAGUCGGAUUUAUUGAUUUUUUUGAACUUAAGGUUGCAGAGCAUUCAAUUAAAGGAUUUAGAAGACCAAUUUACGUUUUCCGGAAAUAGCGUUCAUGGGUACUUGUUAGAUGUUAUGUUAUUAAUUUUGUGUAAACUGUAUUUAUAUACUACGCGCAUUUCUUGCUAGAGAAUAAAGUCACUUAUUUUGUACAAA